AUGAGGUUCCUUCUGAUCAUUGCAAUUCUGCUGUUCCAGAAGCCCACAGUAACUGAACAACUUAAAAGAUGCUGGAAUCAAUAUGUACGAGGAUACUGCAGGAAAAUAUGCAAAGUAAGUGAAAUACGUGAAGUACAAUGUGAAAAUGGGAAAUAUUGUUGCAUCAGUAUCGUGGAACUGGAAGCACGUAGAAAAAUUCCAAAGCCAACUCGUCCAAAGCCAAUUACAUAUGCAAUGACUUUUCCUCAAGAUUAUUAUGCAUAUCUAGGAUAUUAUUUAAUCCCCAAGACAAAUUAUACUAAAUCAAGUAUAAUUCCCCAUUGA